GGUUAUUCCUGGUGGCGGGGCGGAGCUCCCAGCCCAGUCCUUUGCCCAGAGAGAGCCACCAUGAGCAGCAAGAGAGACGUGGUCGUGAUCGGGGGAGGCAUCUCAGGUCUCACAGCAGCCAAGUUGCUCCAUGAAUCUGGCCUGAAUGUUGUGGUGUUGGAGGCUCGAGACCGAGUAGGAGGGAGAACUUUCACCAUAAGAAACAAAUAUGUUAAAUAUGUGGACCUGGGAGGAUCCUACGUUGGACCAACUCAGAAUCGGAUCUUGCGCUUGGCUAAGGAGCUCGGGCUGGAGACGUACAAAGUGAAUGAAGUAGAGCGCCUUGUCCACUAUGUGAGGGGCAAGUCUCACCCCUUCAGAGGUCCACUGCCCACCACAUGGAACCCCAUCGCCUAUCUAGAUCACAAUAACCUGUGGCGGACAAUCAAUGCCAUGGGACAGGAAAUUCCGAGCGAUGCCCCAUGGAAGGCUCCCCUCGCCGAACAGUGGGACCGGAUGACGAUGAAAGAGCUGCUCGACCAGAUUUGCUGGACACAGUCUGCAAAGGAUAUCGCCACUUUCUUCGUGAAUAUCUGUGUCACUGCUGAGACCCAUGAAGUGUCUGCCCUGUGGUUCCUGUGGUACGUCAAGCAGUGUGGAGGUACCACCCGCGUCAUGUCAACCACCAAUGGAGGACAGGAAAGGAAGUUUGUUGGGGGCUCUGGCCAGGUGAGCGAGAGGAUAAUGGAAUGCCUAGGAGAUAGAGUGAAGCUGGAGCGGCCUGUAAUCCGCAUUGAUCAAUCAGCUGACAGUGUUGUCGUGGAGACGUUAAACCGUGAGAUCUAUGAGGCCAAAUAUGUUAUUAGUGCAGUUCCUCCAACUUUGGGCAUGAAGAUACACUAUAAUCCACCAUUACCGAUGCUGAGAAACCAGCUCAUUAGCCGUGUCCCUCUGGGAUGUGUUAUCAAAUGUAUAGUGUAUUACAAAGAACCUUUCUGGAGGAAACACGAUUUUUGUGGCUCCAUAAUCAUUCAAGGAGAGGAAGCCGCAGUUGGCUUGACGCUGGAUGACACCAAACCUGAUGGCUCUUUUCCUGCCAUUAUAGGAUUUAUGUUCACCAACAAAGCCAGAAAACUUGCAUGUCUCUCCAAAGAAGAAAGGAAGCAGAAACUCUGUGAACUCUACGCAAAGGUUUUGGGACUAGAAGAAGCUUUGCAUCCGGUGCAUUACGAAGAAAAGAACUGGUGUGAGGAGCAGUACUCUGGGGGCUGCUACACCACAUACUUCCCCCCAGGAAUAAUGACUCAGUAUGGAAGGGUCAUUCGCCAGCCCGUGGGCCGGAUUUAUUUUGCCGGGACGGAGACCGCCACAUCUUGGAGCGGGUACAUGGAAGGAGCAGUGGAGGCUGGAGAAAGAGCGGCUAGGGAGGUACUGAAUGCUAUGGGGAAAAUUCCAGAGGAUGAAAUCUGGAAGCCAGAACCAGAAUCCAUGGAGGUCCCAGCCUGUCCCAUCACCACCACCUUCUGGGAGAGAAACUUGCCCUCGGUCCCCGGACUCCUGAAGCUCGUCGGACUGUCCACUGUCUUUGCUUCGGCCACUGCCCUUGGAGUCUUGGCUUAUAAAAGAGAGCUGCUCGUACGGCACUGAAGUUAACCCCUCACUUUAACCCGCCGCCUCCCCCUUUUAUCCUCAAUGUCUUUUCUGUGGGCCUCUGCUUCCCUUUCCCCCAUCCAUUAAGAGGGUAGAGUGGGGAAACUGUGCAAGACCAGAAAGGCAGGUAAAAGUGGUUGGAUUCCUCCUGGCGGAAAGUAUCCCUGCCCCACUGGUCCAAAAGUUUGAUGUCUUUCUCUUUCACUUGAGAGAUAAAACUAAGUCCAAUUAAAGCCAAAAUUCAGCAUUUUGCAGGGAGACAGCAUAAUGUAGUUUGUGAAUAAUGAUGAUAAUCUUAAUGGUGGCAUUUAAGCGCUUUCUAUGUGUCAAGCAAUGGGGAAGAUACAAUAGAAUCAGAUCAAAGCUUCUGAGCAAUAAGGUAUGAGGGGCACAGAUGCCCUGAAAUCAAAGUCUGCUGAAAUUUUGCAAUUUAUGAAAUAUGAUCAGGGAGUUUGGAAAAAAAUCAAUUUGAAUCCUUCAUGCAUACAUGCCUACGUACAUACCCUGGGUGUGAAUUGAGAUAGCUUGUUGUUAGUGAUGCUUUUUUUGCAACCAAUUGUAAGUUUUACAUCCUGUUUUGCUCUCACCCGAGUGCUUUUUAACCUAAUUAUAUAAAGUCUGAUAUUCCACUGGA